AUGGAUCUACUAGGUUUAGGAUCAAAGGUUGAUAUUGAGUUUUUACUUGAUCCACAAGGUCAACGAAAACAAAUUGAAGUUAAACUAGAUGAUAGUAGUAAUAAACGUGUAUUGCAAUAUAUUUAUUAUGAUGGUGAAGAUGUUGGAGGAACGGUACAAAUUAAAUUAAAGAAAAAUAGCAAAGUCGAACAUCAAGGUAUUCGAUUGGAAUUUAUUGGACAAAUCGAAAUGCUAAAUGAUCGUAGUACAGUUCAUGAAUUUAUUAAUUUAUCAAAGUUACUCGCCUUUCCGGGUGAAUUAACCGAAAAUACAAGCAUAGAUUUUCAUUUUCCAAAUGUUGAAAAACCUUAUGAAUCUUAUAUUGGUAUUAACGUUAAAUUGAGAUAUUUUCUUCGUUUGACAAUCAUAAGACGUUUUACAAAUACAGUAUCCGAACGUGACAUAUGUGUUCAACAAUUAUCACAAUAUCCAGAAAUAAAUAAUAGUAUUAAAAUGGAAGUUGGUAUUGAAGAUUGUUUACAUAUUGAAUUUGAAUAUAAUAAAUCAAAGUAUCAUUUAAAAGAUGUUAUUGUUGGAAAAAUUUAUUUUUUACUUGUUCGUAUUAAAAUAAAACAUAUGGAAAUAGCUAUUUUAAAAAAAGAAAGUACCGGUAGUGGACCAAAUAUUUAUGCUGAAACUGAGACAAUUGCAAAAUAUGAAAUAAUGGAUGGUGCACCUGUUCGAGGUGAAAGUAUUCCAAUUCGUCUUUUUUUGGGUGGUUAUGAUUUAACACCAACAAUGAAAGAUGUUCAAAGAAAAUUUUCUGUUCGAUAUUUUCUUAAUUUAGUUCUAGUUGAUGAAGAAGAACGACGCUAUUUUAAACAACAAGAAAUCGUUCUUUGGAGAAAACAAGAUAAAGUUAAACAAAAAAAUUCUGCUAAACAAUAUGCUCAUUUUGAAGCUCCAAAUCCAGCUAUAAAACCAGAAGAUAAUGCAACGGGUAUCAGUGGUAAUGAAAAUUCUCCGGUAUAUGGCCGUUCAUCAUCUGGCAAUAAUAGCGAUUCAGCUAGUGAUUGA